AUGGAGGAGGAACCCUCGAAACCAGUUACAGUCACCACCUCUUCAAAGCCCAAGAACAAGGGGGUUCUUGCUUCCUCCGCUGCUAAAUCUUCCGGUGCUGCUGCUUCAACUCCUCCACCACCGGCGAUUAAAUCUGCUUUAAAGCGUCCGGCGACGGUGAGUGAAGGGACCUCGACGAGUAUAAAACGGGCCAAAGCUGUGGAAGAAUCCGAUUCGAAAAAGUCGUAUUUUCAGAAAGUGUGGAUUGAGGAAGAUGAUAUCAAAUUACUCCAAGGUAUGAUUGAUUUCAAUGCUGAUACUGGGAAGAGCCCUUUCGACAACAUUAACAGAUAUUUCUAUUCCGUUAAGAAAUCUUUCAGUUUUGAACUUAGAAAAAACCAGUUCACCGAAAAAGUUAGAGGAUUGAAGAAAAAUUAUCUGUAUAAAGGUGUAUAA